UUCACACCCAGGGACAAGGGGGUGGCCUGCGUUCAUGUUAUGUGCAGUCAUGAAACUUUGGAGAAUAGAAACUGAAAGUCAUUCAUGGUUCGGAGGGGAAAAGAACUUAUCAGUGUGGGCGUCUGCAAAUGCGCUGCAGUUUGGCAGAACACUGCAAGAAAACUAGUUGAGAAACAGCCGAGUUAUCCUGCUCUAUCCAAAACCCUUUUCGUCUCCAAAGGUCAUCAUCACAAGGCCAGCUGAUCAUGGAGAUAACCAUCACGAUGUUGACUGGAACAUCCCAAACCCUAACGGUGUGUCCUGAGGACACGGUGAAGACGCUGAAAAACCUAAUUGAGACCAAGAUGGGGAUAUCCGCUCAUACCCAGAAGCUGGUGUUGGCAGGCAGCCACAGUACCCCUCUGGACGACGACUCCUUGGCCGUCAGCUCCUACGGCCUGCAGGCCGGUUCGCGGGUGUGUCUGCUGGUGAAGGAGUCACAGACCAUCCAGGUGUUCUUAAGAAACGAAAAGGGGCAACUGAAUACCUACGAGAUCGACAUGGGCGACUCGGUGAGCGACUUCAAGCAGAAGGUGGCGAGCAGAGAGGGGGUUCCAGUGAGCCAGCAGAGACUCGUUCAUCAAGGCCGUGAAAUGGCGAGCGGGAAACUAGAGGACUACAACGUCAGAGCUUUGAGCACCAUCGACAUGACCUUUCGCCUGAGAGGAGGCUGACGAAGAGCCACCUGCACUUAGGUUAGCUUGACUGCAAUCUUUUUUCUUUCAAUAUGUGCUGGUGUGUGUAUUCUUCAAAGUCAAAUGACUAUUAUUCUCUUAAAUUUAUUUUGGACGAAUACAUUAUGAUCCACAGUAGUCAUACAUCUCAUGCUUUCAUUCCCAUUUGGCAGAUCUCUGUUACAUUUUAAAGCUUGCACAAAACCAGUCAAGUAUCCAAAAUUAAAUCACAGUGUUAAAAGUCAUUGUGUAAGUGUGAAUUAUUUGUCCACAUCAGUCCACUGCUGGACAGCUGGCAGUAGAACUCAACGUUU